CGACGUGUGGGUCAUAUAGAAAGAUCCGGUAUUCCAGACCGCUUGACCCCCAUCCUGGGCGGGAUUAAAAGGCCGUGCCUCGUGUCUGCCAUUUGGACGAUCUGCCCACUUUCCUUCGCGUACUGUCGUUGACUGCCCCGCGACUAUCGACUCUCGAAGCCAGACUUUGACCUCGAAGGCUUCUUGUUGAGACUAUCUGGGAUCUAGACUAACUUAUGCUUAUGCGCGUACAAUACCCACUGGAGCUCAUUGCUGUGCUCGUUCUCUUUCUCGAAGGUCUUCCGAUCGGAGGCGCUUCUGCGCAGACCACGCUUCAAGGCCCUAAUGACUGCACCGCGGCCGGAGCGUACACGCUUUGUCAGAACUUAUGGGGUGCAGACACUGGCACUGGCUCGCAGACGACUACUCUGAACUCUGCUGGCGGAAGUUCGGUCUCGUGGUCAACAAGCUAUACUUGGGCUGGUAGUCCGAAUAAUGUCAAGAGCUACCCUAAUGUAUACCACAACACGGCCAAGGGUAUGCAGCUCCAAGAUAUUGUCUCUGCACCCACGAGCUGGCAAUGGUACUAUCAGUCCGCGUCGAACGAUCUGGCAGCGGACGUCUCCUACGAUAUUUGGACCGGAGUACCACAGUCUGGCGAUCCCGCUUCGUUGGCCUCCUCAUACGAGAUCAUGAUUUGGCUUUCUGAUCGUGGCGGCGUUGGUGGUAUAGGAAAUGUUGUCGCCCAGAACAUCCAGGUUGGCGGACACACCUGGAAUCUCAAACAGGGCCCCAACUCCAACUGGGAUGUCUUCUCCUUCAUCACCGCAGAAGGCGACAUCACGAACUUCAACUCCGACUUGAAGGACUUCUUCCAGUACCUUAUCGACAACCAGGGUGUGGCAAAGACGCAGUACCUCCAAGCGAUACAGACCGGAACGGAGCCUUUCACUGGCACUGCCGACCUCGUCAUCUCUAACUUCAGCGUUGACGUUUCCACUGUUGACGACUCGCCCACGUCUUCGUCAUCUUCACCCAUCUCAUCUUCCUCGCAUUCCUCGUCCACUUCAGCAUCCGCACAGCCGUCGAACGUGUCUAGUCAUGGCACUACGCCGACUAUUGCCACCUCUAGUGCUUCCACCACUCCCCUGAACACGGCGACCACGAGUGUUUCUCCCGCAUCGCAGCAGACGAGCGAGGCAGGAUCCGUUUCUGAUCCAGGCGUUCGGGGGAAGAGCGGCCCGCAAUGCCGUCUGCAGCUGCCAACCUCAGGCACGGUCACAAGAAGGGGCCUAUUCAGGCGACUAUUUCGCAAGUAGACUUGCGCGGUGGUUGCGUAUUUAUUGUGGUAUGGAGGCGGGAGCAGCGCUGUCCGCCUAUGUUCGAACUGCGCUUUAUAGUCGAAGGGAGGUUAUAGACAUGUUGUACAUCUACGGUGACUCGUUUCUCCCAGGCGUGGGAAGAGCAGAUAUCUUGAACGUCACAAUAUUAUUGCGAGGCGUGCUUAUCUCACGCGCUGCUCGCAACCACGCGUUGUCCCUUGGGACCGACACGAACGAAUAUCCAGAUCCGCCAGUACACAACCUCUAUGGUUGGUUCGUUGCCGUACGUCUGGAUCUUCUCUUCGAACCCAUUCUGCCUCCUGCUCCACCUGGGGGUAGUCACCCAAUGAACAGCGAUUUGAUUCGCCCUGCCCAUCCUUUCGGUGAGCCGCGCAAUCUGGUCGUCGCGAAUGCCAGCAGCCAUGAUGGGCUGACCGCCCUCCUCCUCCAGGUACUCUGGGGCAGUUCCUUCGAUCAUGUGGUCGUUUCCCGGGAGCUCGAUAACGCGGUCGAGCAUCA